AGUGGGGAUCGGUAAGUCUUCACGGAGCUGCUGCUUAUGGAUGGGCAUCUAGGGCAGACGACAACGUGGAGAGCUGCUUGAUUCUGUUGUACUUAAACAAAUCUGACUGCCCUCAUCUCCUCCACGAACAUCCAAAUUAUCAUCAUCACCAUGCCUUCCGCGACCUCUUCAUCCUUGGACAUCGUUGUAAUCGGAGCUGGACUUGGUGGCUUGGCUGCCGCUAUCUCCUGUGCUCUCGGCGGCCACAACGUAACAGUAUUGGAACAAGCAAGAGAACUGGCAGAAAUCGGUGCAGGGUUGCAAAUCACACCAAACGCGUCGAGACUAUUCCAACAAUGGGGGAUUGAUAAGGUUCUCGAACCGUUGGCGGCCGAACCGACCUUCCUCGCGGUGCACAGAUAUUCCGAUGGAAAAGUACUUGCCUUGCAGCAAGAUUUCGACAAGAAAAUAAGAGCCAAAUACGGAGCACCCUUUUGGGACCUGCACCGUGUGGACCUGCAAAGGGCACUUGCACAGCGAGCAAAGGACCUUGGUGUAAAGCUGAGGCUGAACAGCAAGGUGACCAGCGUGGAUUUUGACAAGUCGACAUUACAUUUGGAUGAUGGAACCACAUACGAAGCAGAUCUUCUGGUUGGAGCUGAUGGCUUGUGGUCAAAGUGCAGAGCGCAUUUCUUGAAACAGUCGGGUAAAGAAGAUGCACCUCUACCGACUGGAGACCUCGCCUACCGAAUUGUACUUGACUUGGACGACCUCGAAGAUCCUGAGCUCCGCGAGAUGGUGUCCAAGCCGGCGUGCCACUUCUGGAUUGGACCAGGAGCCCACGUCGUCGCAUACUCGGUCCGUGGUGGUAAGCAGUACAACAUUGUCCUUCUUGUACCCGACAAUCUUCCUCCGGAUGUUUCGAGAUCUUCCGGAGACAUUAGUGAGAUGAGAGAGAUCUUCACAAAAUGGGACCCAAUUCUGAAUCGCUUCUUGGACAAUGUCAAGACAGUAGACAAAUGGAAGCUCAUGCACCGACCAGAACUGGACAGCUGGGUCAGCAAGAAGAGCAACUUCGUCUUCCUCGGAGACUCAUGUCAUCCCAUGCUUCCCUACCUGGCCCAAGGUGCCAACUCCUCGUUGGAAGACGGUGCGGUGCUUGGAAAUCUGCUGGCCGUGGUUAAGAGCAAGGAACAGCUGCCCGAGGCACUACGCCUGUAUGAGAACCUGAGAAAGAAGCGAGGUGAAGCUAUCGUUCGAGAAACCUUUGCUCAGAGAAACGACUUCCACAUGGAGGAUGGAGAAGAGCAACAAACGCGUGAUAAGCUGUUCGCUGGUCAGCUUGGCAAAUCAGAGCCUGAAGUCAAGUUCCCAAGUCGUUGGACCUGCCCGGUGGUACAGCCAUGGCUUUACGGCUACGACGCGCAGAAAGAGGUAAACGACGCGUUGAAGGGUUCGUCACUCGCGCAAUAAUUCGGUGAUGGUAUAAACCAAGCGACGGUUUGGAUGGGACAUCGUACCAUCCUCUCGCGUUCAGUACUCGUACCUACCUCGACGAUGUCAUAUCCCACAACGUCAGUGGUGUUGAGUUCGGCAAUACAGGCCAUGUAUUUCCCCGUGGGUCAUGACUUUUCGGCAUGAGAAACAGACGGAGAGACCGUCGGCGUCAAUUGGCAUGUAACGUUGCUUUUCAAUUCGGUCCUGCUGGCGGUUAUAUUCAAGUCGAGCAUUUAGCC